UUAGUGCAAAUCAAUAAUAUUUGUGAAGUGUUUUUAUUGGCAAUUAAAAGUAAGCUUAAUCAUCGUAAUCAUUUAAUUAAGCUUAUAUUUAUUAUGCUUUACAUUUAAGUGAGUUGAAAGGUUUAGAUUGACAAAUCAUCUAUGAUACUACAUUACUACUAGAUUCUCGUUAGCAAAAUUAAAAUGUCUUGUGUUUAUGGCAUGGUCCAUGAAACCGUACCGUACUGGUGGUUCAAUCACAAAAUAUCAGUAUCGAAGGCUAAAUCGGUAGGGGAUAUUUAACAAUAUGAACGGUUAAACUACGGUUAAACCACGAUUUUAUAAUAAAAUACCCUACCACUGACUUUUCUGGUACGGUUUCAUGGACCAUGAUUUAUGGACGAGUCGAAGUUUAUCGACUCAUAAAAAAACUUCCAAAUCAAUUUUCUGAGUUUCCCAAAUAAAUUAUCUUAAUAAAAUCCCACCCAGUAUAUUUUGUUUUAACAACAAUAGUAACAAAAUCAUUUGGCGCUGUGACUCUCUCUCUCUCUCUCUCUCUCUCUCCACCUUCGCCUUCCAACUUCUUCUGAACUUUCGUUCUAUUUUCAAGAGAAGAACAAGAAAGGAAAGUUUCAGACUUUAACGAGGUAAACGAUGUUCUCUUCUUCCUUCCCACUUCCUGAAAUGAUCAUCUGAGGUUGCCGAGAAAGUUUCUAGUAGAGAAAGAUAGAAAAGGAAAAAGGACCGAGUAAAGUUGACUUGGAGUUCACUGCAAUCCUUCGUUUCCCUUUCCCUUUUUUUGGUGCCAGCUGAUAAAGCUUAGGUCCCGAUUCUCAUGGCUAGGCUAAGUUACUAGAUCCUUGGCCUGUGUUCUGUUGGUUUUUUUCUGGGGUUUUUUUUUCCAGGACGGCCAAUUUUGGUCUCUGUAGCUGUUUUAUGAUUCUGGGUCUUGUCGAUACUGGGAAUUCCCAAAUCUGUGUCUUUGAGUCUCAACCUUUAAAAGGGUUUUAAGUGGAAAUUGUGUAAAUUUUCUGGCUUUGGUUGCUCUAAUUGAUGAUAUCAAGCUGAAUUUUCCUUCAGGUUGCUUGGUUCUUCAAUGGAGGGCAAUUGGAGUGUGUGAGAGAGAGAAUUUAGGGCUUCCUUUGAGCAGUUAUCACAACGAUCUUCUGUGUUGAUUUCUAAAUGUUUAUGAUGAAAUUGCAGUUAGUUCUUGUCCCUUGAGUAGCAUUUUGACUUUUUCAGAGCAACUUAGUAGCUUGAAGUUUGAUGUUAUUUUUUUUCCUUCAUUUACGUAUCAAGCAGUAGCGGAAGAGCUUCAAGAGCAAUGGAGAAGACAGUCCGUUAUUGCUGUGUAUCGCGUGGUAAUCGAGCUCUAUACGUAUACACCAAAGAAGGCCAACAACAAGACAUCGAGGAGUUAGCCACAUUGUGUUUAGAAAAUCCUCCUUUGUACCACAAGUGGUACUUCGAGACUAUCGGCAAAAGAACAUUCGGGUUCUUGAUGGAAGACGGCUUCAUCUACUUCACAAUUGUUGAUGAAGGGCUAAGGAGUUCUGGCGUGCUUCGUUUUCUCGAACAUCUUAGAGACGAAUUCAAGAAGGUAACUCGAAAGGGCUCCCGAGGAAGCAGCUUCUCGGGGUUGAACUCGAUACUUCAAGAACAGCUAGUGCCGGUCAUUUCCCAGCUGAUCAAUUCUCUGGAGCACAGAUCUUACAAUGAAUGGAAUGCUGGUGCCAUCAGUGGUCUCUCUCCGUCAACAAGCCAGAUCGAGCUUACCAAGGCUCCAUUGUUGGGGAAACCAAGCAAGCAUGAGAAGAAGAAGUCAGCAAAGGAUCAUGUGAUUGCCAUGAGGGACAUUGACUCAAAUAAGGCUUGUGAGUCGACCACUCAAGAUACGAGUAGUCAAGGGGCUUCUGUGGGAAUUCCUCAAUCCUCAGCUCAAAAGGAUUUAGGAGGAUCGACAAUGAGGAUUAGGCCGAGCUCUCAGAACAUUCGGAAGAAAUGGUGGAGGCAAGUGAAGAUAGUCCUGGCCAUUGAUGUUGUUGUUUGCUUGGUGUUGUUUAUAAUCUGGUUAUCAAUCUGUGGAGGGCUCAGAUGCAUUCAUUGAUAUCAAUUGGUAGUAUAUAACCUUUUCGGUUUGAGAUUUUUUGUGGCUAGGAAAGCAUGUGUUAAAGAAAAGAUUUUUAUCUUAUGAGACGAAAAAGAUUGAGUGAAUUUUGUGAGGAUUUGGAGAUAGAGCAAGAAGGGCCUUGUCAGGCCAAGUUACCUAGUUCAUUGUACAGUUUUGCAAUGCUAGAGGCAGAUCUUUUGUCACUGUCUUGUUGUUUGUAGAUGCCAAUUCUUUAAGCAUUGGUUUCUGGGAGAAUUGUGAAACCCUUUUCUCUGUGAUUGGGGCGAAUGAAAAUUGAAUACCUUCCCAUAAGGUCUAACAAAUCCGUCGUUGAAGUCGAUUUUUAACAAAACAGUUAGCGAAGUUUAAAAUAAUUAACAUAUGAGUCGUUCUGUCAGCUCACUUUGCUCAUCCCUUGGCUUCAACAUUCAAAGUGCAAUACAAGAAUCCAAGAGGA